AUGGGAAAGAAGAAAUCCAUCGGUACUGAAAAUGAGGGAUCUGGAAAACCAAAAGCCACAUGGCCUGAUGAGGUAGUAGCUAUAUUUUGUGAUAUAGCUGUUAAGGAAGUGGCCAAGGGAAACAGACCUGGUACACAUUUUGAUAAAAAGGGAUGGUCAAAUGUUAUCAAGGCCUUUAAGGAGUUAACCGGAAGGGAUUAUGAUAAACAGCAAUUGAAAAAUAAGUGGUAUUCACUUAAAAAUGAUUGGAAAUUGUGGAGUUCACUAUUGCAUAAGGAAACUGGUAUUGGAUGGGAUCCGACUAGGAAGACUGUCGAUGCACCUGCUGAGUGGUGGGAAUCCAAAAUUCAGAUCAAUCCAGAGUAUUGUAAAUUUCGUGACGUUGGAAUUAGUCCUGAAAUGAUGGCUGUUUAUGAUAACAUGUUUAAGGGUAGCACAGCCCUAGGUCACUCUGUCAUGAUUCCCUCAGCUACUAUAGAUAUUGAAGAGGUGGUGGAGGAUUCUGAGCAUAAUGACAUUUCUGGAGAUGAUGAAGAGAUGGACCAGCAAGGUGAACCAAGAGGGAAAAAGAGAAAAACUGUGGAGUGCCAAACUGGGCCUAAUAAAGAAAAAAAUAGAUAA